UAGCGCCAUGCAUGUGUCAGUAAAAGGUGAAACGUCUCCCUCCGGUGUCUCUUAGGUUAUCAAGAUGAACUAUGGCAUGGGGAUAGAGAAUCCCAUCGAUCACGUACGUUUUUACAGCAAGAGAGACCACAACACGGCCAGCAUGAUCCCCCAGGACCAGGUGUCCACGCUCAUCCCAGAACACUUUCAGGAGUGGUUGAUCCAGGUGUACUGUAAGGGGAAUGAUGAGGAGAGCCUGAAAACGCCCAGGAAGCGCUUUGAAAAGUGGCGCUCGGAAUUGAGAUGUGAACCCUCCGGAGCUGGAAGCUAAUGAAGGCCCAAACCCAACUUGAGUUUUGACAGAACAAAAAGAAAUAAGAUUUUCCUUGCUCCUUUUUUGAUAUUGAUAUGGGUAGGAAAUUGGAUGGCUAAAGUACAAUAUUAAUUAUUUAAAUCCACCAUUGUAACCAGAAAAUGGUCUUUAAUCAAAGUAGGAGGCCGUUGAGGGCCAGUGCUCAGGGUUAUACACUCAAAAGCUUAUACAACUUUAACUUUCAGUCUUCAAGUUCAGUUUUAUCACAUCACCAGCUGCUGGUUUUGUUUUUGUUUCUUUGUUUCUCUUCAUUUAGAUAUGCAUGUUCUGUCCAUAGUUUACAUGUAACAUAGUUUACAUGUUACCUUAAGGGGAAUGUAACGCUGAGAGUUUUCAUGCAAGAACUCUUUCUAGUGUUUCUGGAUUGAUUCGAUUUUUACAUGAAAGACAGGGUAGGCAAAUUAUUUUCAAACUAUUAUCUCUCAUAUUUGUUGAAAUUCUUUUUAUAUGCCGACAGCAAUCAAUAUAUCAAGUGAUCGGACAGAAAAACAAGGAAAUCCGGUAUCCUUGGCGGUCGCAAGCCUGUAAUAAGUCUGUUAAAUCAAUUCAACACACUUGAAUGUGUAUUUGUAUGCAGUGGGUUUUAGCUUCAUAUAUUUUCAAUCUUAUCUCUCUCAGAGGUUUCUUUAAUCCCAUAUGCAGCUAUUGCUGUACUCAUUUAGUCCAGGCAAUAAAUUACCAUAAUCAAAGCAGGCUACAGACACCAUAAUGAAUACAUAGUCUAAUCUUUGUUCAUGGUUUUCUUGUAGUGCAUUUAAUAUUAAUUUUGUGUUCUUUUUCAUUUUCAAAGUUUGAACGUCUUCCUUAAUAAUAAUAAUAAUAAUAAUAAUGAUAAUAAUUUUGGCUGGUAAACAAUUUUAAGGUAAACAUACCUAUAUAUAUAUAAGCGCUUGAUACAUUUUGUUCUCAGUGUUUGUGUGUGUGUGUGGGUUGAAAAAAAAAGAUAUAUUCCGUCUACGUUCAUGUUAAGUGCUCUUUUCAAAGAUAUAUUAUGAUAUAGGCAAAGGUUGUAUUAAGGGCUCAGGAAUAGUGCUUAGAAGAGGCUGCUUGCUGUUUUGCUAUAAAGGUUAACUGAAAAGUAUAUUUUCAAAAGAUAGAAAGAGGCUGGGGCAAAAAUUAAUGGUGAUGAAAAAAAUAAACGGCUUUGUCCUCAAUGUCUAAAUGUUUCCUUUGUAA